AUGGACGUGACAGCUAUGGUGAAGAAGUGCUCAGAGAAGUUUAGGAGGAAGGUUGAGGUGGUUCCUGCCAAGAAGGAUAAGGAUAAGGAUAAUGAUAAAAAUAAGGAGAAAGAGAAGGAGAAGGAGAAGGAGAAGGGAAAGGAGAAGGAGAAGGAGAAAGGGAAGGGGAAAGAGAAGGAAAAAGGAAAGGAGAAAGAGAAAGAAGGUGAUAAAGGAGGGAAUGAUUCCACCAAAAAGAAGAAAAAAGGUGGCAAUGAAGGAGACAAUGAUAAGGAUCAUGAGGGCAAUGAUAAUAACCAGAGAAAAACUGAACAAAAGAAUGACUAUUACAUGGUACCUGCAUGGGGUUAUGGUGAAUAUAACUACAUGGGACAAUACUAUCCUGUAUCGGAGAUGUUCAGUGAUGAAAACCCCUAUGCUUGUCAAAUUAUGUGA